AUUUGAGAUGACAUUACUGCUUAGUUCAGCCAGAGAUAGAGUCAAUGAUGCCUUCCUCAGUCUAUUUCCAAUGCUGAAUAAUAAACUGUGCCCCUGUGACAAAUUCGAAGUUCUUCAACAACCCGCUCGGCUGCGGGAGAUGAUGUUACUAUGGUAUAAAGCAGGCAGUGCUGCUUCAGAGUCGCUAAUCACUCACUCCAGCAGAUCUUUUCUUUACACUUUCCAUCAUGACUUCUAAGCUGAUUGUUGUCCUUGGUGCCACUGGUAAUCAGGGUGGCUCUGUUGUAGAAGCCUUCCUGCAAGAACCCGGCUGGCAGGUGCGUGCGAUUACCAGAAACCCUUCGAGCUCGAAGGCCCAAGCAUUGGCUACUCGCGGUGUAGAAGUGGUCAAAGCUGAUCUGGAUGAUCCUUCCUCCCUCACCCCUGCCUUCAAGGAUGCCCAUGUUAUCUUCGCGGUUAGCGAUUUCUGGGGAUUAUUUGGCGAUCCUGCCAGUGGUGACAAGGCAGCAGCAGCAGGUCAACCCCUCAAUGUGUGGGCUGCCAACCACGAAACCGAGCAAUUAAAGGGUGUCAUCGAUGCUGCGGCAAAGGUCCACACCCUGGAACGUUUUGUGCUAUCCUCUCUCUCCAAUGCAGCGAAGUGGUCCAAUGGGAAAUACCCGCAUGUCUAUCAUUUUGAUUCCAAGGCCAAGGCCGAGGAGUACGGCAGCGAGAACCAUCCUGAGUUAUGGGCCAAAACAAGUAUCUUCCAGGCUGGGUAUUUCUUAAACAACUUUGUGUCUAAUCCUAUUACUCUGCCAAGAAAGGAUGCGAACGGAGUGGCCCAGUUUAUCGGAGGCGUAGACCCAGACGUGGAGCUUCCUUUUAUCGCCGCGGAAGAAGACACUGGACCCAUUGUGAAAGCCAUAGUGUUUGAUUCAGCUCCAAAGAAGGUUAUCGGUUAUAGAGCGCGCAUUUCACUGCGCAGCCUUAUUGAAAUCUUCUCGCAGGUGACAGGUAUUAAAGCUGAACCCGUCGUUUUACCCAAGGGGGAGUCAGUCGUUCCUUUCCCCCCUGAGCUACAGCAGGAACUUGAUGACAACUGGGGGUAUUGGAAGGAGUUUGGAUAUUACGGAGGAGAUCCAACCAUUAUACAUCCUCAGGAUUUGGAACACGCGCCCAAGCUCAAUAGCGUGGCUGAGUACCUCCAAAAGCAAGACUGGUUAAAGGUGUUGAGCUUGUAAGAGUUGGAAUACCCUAAUCACGAAUGUCUUUGUUCGAGAACGGGGAAUUCAAAACGACUUUUGAACUGGUCUAAUGUAUUUGGCUUAGUAACGUAUGGAGGCGUGCACCAAAGGUUUUGGUGCAGGUGGCCUGCCAAGGAAUGUAUUAAAUGUUUCGAAUUAUAUGUGGUUACCAUAGAACAAGAACUCGUAAUGCAUCCAUCGCAGUCGCGCACGAAGAGGAG